CUUACAGGACAAAGCUUGUUCUCACAAAAAAAAAUCAACAAAACGGAAAAGAGCGUUGAAAAACGUUUUACAGCCUCAUAUUCUUCAUACGGAGGCUGACAGAAAGUUCAACCCUUUUCUCUUUGAGUUCUGAACUUUAUUUUCAGGCUUUCAAGGUCACCCAGAGUGUUGGGCAUCUGCAGCCAAAGCUUCUUCCUUUACCCACUUCUCAGCCACCAUACAGUAGUAUGAGUAUGACGACCUGGUCAAGAGACACAGUUCUGAACUUUAUUGAGAUGUACAAAUUCCACGAAUGCCUAUGGAAGAUGAAGUCCAAAGACUACAGAAACAAUUUAAUGCGAGAGAGGGCAUACGAAGAACUCGUGUUAUUUUGCAAACCGUUUCAUCCAGAAGCAAAUAAAGAAUUUGUGAUUAAAAAAAUAAGCAAUCUCAGAACAACAUUCAAGAGAGAACUGAAAAAGCAUGAGAACUCAAAGCAAUCAGGGAUGGGAUCUGAUGAAGUCUAUGAGCCCUCACUUUGGUACUUCCACAACCUAAUGUUCCUUGAGGACCAAGAUAUGCCGAGUGCUGGAAGUUCGAAUCUACAAAGUUAUGAGUAUCCAUCUUCAUUUUCCAUUGAGGCUACAGACAUGGAGGAAUCUUUGUCACCGAAGGCCGGGUCAGAAAUGUCGCUUCUCGAUGUAAAGGAAGAGCCGCCAUCAGCAGAAACCUUGACAUCACUAUCACAGUCACAGCAUUCACAGCUGCCCACUGUCUACAAACAGCUUAUGCCAGAAGUUUCAGAAGCUCUACUGCAUAAGAAGAAGAGGAAGACCAACGACGAUGAGCUCAUCAAAGCUGCUUGCCUCAGACUUCUCAAUCCUGCCAAUGAUGACGAACACGACAACUUCGGCAAAAAUGUUGCUCACAAACUAAGAAGACUCACUACCGAGCAACAAAUCUACGCAGAAAAGCUGAUUUCUGAUGUUUUAUUUGAAGCUCAGUUAGGAUCUUUGACAAGGAGCUCAUCUGUUGUGACAACUUCAUCAUAGAACAACCCCAGUGCCUCAAAUGCGUGGGGCAACCUACCACGUUAAUGGGGGGAACCAGAGUUAUCAGCAGCACUAAACUGACUUGCAAUUGCUUAUGUUUAUAUUGAUAAACAUAUUUGUGUGUGUGCCUGGAGAGAAGUCCCAGUUGUCAGAGAUUUUGGAUAUGGAGCAUAUUUUUUUCGCAAAUACAAUGCCGAAUACGCUGAAUGAGUAGUUUUAAAGAUAUGCCAUAUUUUGUACACACUUACACAGGGUGUAAAAACAAAGUUUGAUGUAAAUCGCAAUUUCUAGCACAUUUUUAACAUUUGGUGAAGUAUAACAUGUUG